UUUUUUUUCUUUUUCUUUUUAAACCAGAACAACAAAAUCGACAACAAAUCAACAAACUGCCCUUUUAGUUUCGCAGCCAAAAGCUCUUAGUACCGGGUGUUUAGAGUUUAAUGAGUGGCAAUGUGUAGCAAGGCGAUUCUAGCACUCCUGAUCUAUGGCAUAAUAAUGCAUUGCAGCGUCUACUGCUCACCUGCGGCCGGACUUCAGUACCCGGCGCUCAGGCUGGAGGAUGAAGUCUACGACGAGGACGGCAACACCCUGCAGGACUUCGCCUAUGACCAUGAACCCCUCGGAAUAGCGAAUCCGUCCUCCAUGAUAGGAGAGAUGUACACCUUGUAUUACCCACCGGAAAAAAGGCACGCCGAUGGGAUCUUCAACAAAGCCUACAGGAAACUCCUAGGCCAGUUAUCCGCCAGGAAAUAUCUGCACUCCCUGAUGGCCAAGAGGGUCGGCGGUGCCAGCGGCGGCCUGGGGGACGAUGCGGAACCGCUGACCAAGCGGCACAUAGACGGCAUCUUCACGGACAGCUACAGCCGCUACCGGAAACAAAUGGCUGUCAAGAAAUACUUAGCAGCCGUCCUGGGGAAAAGGUAUAAACAAAGAGUUAAAAACAAAGGACGCCGAGUAGCGUAUUUGUAGCGAUGAGUAACCAGCCACUCCUGUGUAUACAAAGUCCUAAGAGAGAGAGAAAGAGAGAGAGAGGGAGAGAGAGAGAAACCCAACAACAACAACAAAAAAAUCUAAACAAAACCAAGUCAUUUCCAAACUGACUGAACAAUCACCGCUCCUGUGUUACCUAAACAUGUAUUUAUGUAUGAAGUAAAGCCAUUAAAUGAAUAUUUUGAUAAU